AUGUGGCUGUCCCCCGCCCUGCUCCUUCUCAGCCUCCCAGGCUGCUUCUCCAUCCAAGGUCCGAAGUCAGUGAAAGGCCUGGAGCAGGGCUCCGUGUCCGUGCAGUGCCGCUAUGACCCCGGGUGGGAGUCCUAUAGAAAGUGGUGGUGCCAAGGCAAAUCAUGGGACUUCUGCACCAUCCUCAUUGAAAGCAAAGGGUCAGAGGAAGAAGUGAAGAAAGGCCGAUUGUCCAUCAGGGACAACCACAGGGACCGUGUCUUCACAGUUACCAUCGAGCCGCUCCACAGAGGGGAUGCGGGCACGUACUGGUGUGGGAUUAGGAAAAGUGGACCGGACCUUGGAUUCCAAGUUAAAGUGACCGUUGGCACAGGUAGGAACCUUCUCAUCCUGUGGGAAGAAACAACUUCAACCACACCAACAGCUCAGUCCUUGGAGCCGUUAGCCAUGUCCUCCACCUCCUACGGCAGGACCCACUUCAUUCUUCUGGUAUUUGUGAAGGUUCCCAUCUUACUCAUCUUGCUUGGUGCCAUCCUCUGGCUGAAGGGGUCUCAGAGGGUCCCUGAGGUGCAGUAG